AAAUGAUGCCAUACAGCAUUGCCUCGUUGAAACCUAAUAAUGAAUUUUUGCUGCGUGUUAUUGGUGCUUCGUUUCAGGCAUUGACAAUCCCCUAAAAAUUAUUUUCCAAUUUUAAAAUUUUAUACGACCGUUUUUGACAGAAAAUUACUACUUGACAUGCUAUUCGGUUACAACCAUCACAAUCGUAUAUUAAUUUCGAAAAUAUCGGUAGAAGGUCUGUAUGCAUUGUGACUUAUCGACUUGAUAUAGGGACUGGUUUAUCUAUAGUGGAGGUACUAUACAACUUUGCCGAGUCGUUUAACUUCUUUGUGAAAGUAAAUCGAUAAAGUUUGUGUUUUUAGAACCUGCACCUUAUCCUUCGACAGGUAGCAUUACUGGCGUGCGGUAAAGUUUAUACACAAUAUCAAGUCUAGCAGCUGUCCCAGCAAAAUGGCUGACAAGAGUGCAACUGUUGACAACUUACAUGUGAAAAAUGGCAACUUUAUUUGCGGUGUUGUCGAAGGAUUCUAUGGGAGGCCAUGGACAACAGAGCAACGAAAAGAUCUCUUCCAAAAGUUAAAAAAGUGGGGAAUGGAUUCAUACCUCUAUGCUCCAAAAGAUGACUACAAACACAGGGCAUACUGGCGCGAGUUGUAUACAGUGGAGGAAGCAGAACAUCUUACAAGUCUUAUAACUGCAGCAAAAGAAAAUGGAAUCACUUUUUAUUAUGCUCUUUCUCCUGGCCUGGACAUAACAUAUUCUAGUGCCAAAGAGGUAGCUGCUUUGAAGAGGAAACUUGAACAGGUCUCUCAGUUUGGUUGCUCUGCAUUUGCACUCUUGUUUGAUGAUAUAGAACCUGAAAUGUCAGAAGCUGAUAAAGAAGUUUUCCAGUCUUUCGCUCAUGCACAGGUGUCUGUCAGUAAUGAGGUUUUCCAACACCUGGGGCAGCCACGCUUUAUGUUAUGUCCCACUCAGUACUGCGCAGCUAGAGCGACACCUAAUGUGCAAAAUUCAGAAUAUCUUAAUACUCUUGGAGCAAAACUGGCACCUGAGAUUGAUAUUAUGUGGACAGGUUCAAAAGUCAUUUCACGUCUGCUUACAGUGGAAUCAAUUGAAGAAAUAACUGAUGUUCUUCGAAGACCACCUGUUAUUUGGGACAACUUGCACGCCAAUGACUAUGACCAGAAACGUGUUUUCUUAGGACCAUAUUCUGGUCGAUCUCCUGAUCUUAUACCAAAGUUGCGUGGGGUUCUGACAAAUCCUAAUUGUGAAUAUGGUGCAAAUUUUGUGGCAAUACAUACCUUGGCUCAGUGGAGUCGCUGCAGUGUUGAUGGAAAGCGUGAUUCAUCCCUGAAUGAUUCUGUGAGUGCAGACAUCAAAUUGGAAACUGAAACUGAGGAUGGAGGUGUGGGAGAGGAUGUUCCAUCUAAUCUGAGUCCCAAUACAUAUCACCCACGACGGGCACUGCGCAAUGCCAUUUCAGAAUGGUUACAUGAAUUCCACCGCCCACGACCAGCAUGGGGCCCUAUUGCAAAACCACAAGUUGUUGCUCCUGUGACCAUUCCUGUGCCAAUAGUGCCAUCUGUCAAUACCUGUAUGAGUCUAACAACAACAACAACUAGUUGCUCAGCUGGCUGUGGACCCACAUUACCUACUGUAAAUGCAAACCAACUUCAAGCACUAGCUGAUGUGUGCAGCACGGUGCCAAAUACCAAUGAAAGUAUGAUGCAGCCACUUCCUGGAGCAGUGAUGAACUCUCUUGUAUCGGAAACAAAAGUUGUGGUUGGUGAUUCGGCUGAGCCAAUGGAGUGUAAUCCUCCUCCUCCUCCACCACCACCACCGCCUCCUGCUCCGUCAUCUGGAGAUCCUUCUUUGUCUGCUGAGACUAAUGAGACUCUCAGUGAGAGUAGUGAUCACCAGUUAUCUGAGGAUGACCUUGCAUUACUAUGUGAUUUGUUCUACUUGCCAUUUGAACAUGGAGGACAGGGUCUUCAACUUUUGCAAGAGUUCAAUUGGCUUAAAAGCAAUGCCCAUGUUGUUACACUUCAGAACCGCAACAAGGCUGAUGCAGAGCAUGGUAACAAACCAGAGGUACAAGAGUGGUUAGAAAGGGCAGCAAAACUUGAUGAAAUGAGUAAGGCUGUGAAUACCUUAUUUCGAAGACUCACCUACUGUGCAAAUAGGGAACUGUUGUAUGAUUUAUAUCCAUAUGUUUGGGACAUGCGUGGUGUUAUAUCAUUGCUGAACUCUUACAUCAAAUGGUUAGGGUUUUCAAAAGGAUGGAAGGAGACAUUUAUGAGUGGUGAACAAGAACCGUGGGUGUUCAGGGGUGGUCUGACAGCUGACCUUCAGCGAUUAAUACCUGUGGAUUCUGGAAAUGAUCUGUUCAUGUACAAAGCUCCUGAUGUACCAAGUAGUCAGAUUUUUACCAUAAGGCCAUACUUACCAUCAGAUGAAAGUCUGGUAUAUGCAGUGUGCCGCCAAACAUGUGCAGAUGGACGGGAUGGAACUGACCGUUUUCUAGAUAUGCCAGAUAUUAUUGGAGACAAGUUGGUUGGAGGGUUCUUGGCACUUAGUACAGAGUUCUGCUUUGUUGUUGAGGAUGAGAAUGGACUUGUUGGGUAUGCAUUGGCAGCACUUGAUGCACGGCAGUAUCACAAGAAGUUGGAACUAGCCUGGUUGCCGGAAAUGUGUGCCAAAUAUCCUCGGUCCAACAAUCUCUCAGGAACACUUUCACCUUCUGAGGAGGUAAUAGAAUGGUUCCAUACAUACAAAGCAGAUGUCCCUGAUGUUAUCCAUAGUCACCAUCCAUCUGUUAUGUGUUGUGCGCUGCUUCCAAAUGUCCUGGAUCAGAGUGUAUCCAAGAGACUAGUAACCUGCUUACUGGCAGCUCUGCGAGCAAAUGGUUCGUUUGGUGUCUAUGUUCCCAUUAAUUCAAAGGACUCUUAUAUGUUGGAGUUUUAUGGUAAGUUAGGUUUUCUGGAAUUGCAUCCCGGACUGAAUCCUGAGAUAACGUAUCUUGGCCGUGUCUUCUGAGUGAAUGAGAUUCAUGACCCUGGACAGCUCUUUUAUUAAUAGAGCAUGGAAUUUGUGCCUGAGGUAAUGGAUAAUGGGUCACUGUUAUCACAGCAGAUCUCUCAUGUGUAAAUGUAGAGCUGCUAAUUGCCAGUGGAUGUGAUUCACUACUGUUGAUAGUGAUUAUAACGAAGAAUGAGGGUGUCAUUUCUACAGCAAAGUGAUAUGAACUUUUAAUGUCAUGGCUGCACAAAAUGUCUCUGUCUACAGCAUGUGUUAGACAGUUUGCGGAAAAUAAUUAAGAACUCUUCAUCUAACAGCCACAUGUAUCACAUGUAAUUGUUACUGAUGUGUUAGUAAGUGUGUGUGUGUGUGUGUGUGUGUGUGUGUGUGUGUGUGUGUGAGAGAGAAAGAGAGAGUGAGUGUUGUGCUCAUGUACACAAAUGUUCAUGAGACCAUGUAUUUAAAGGAUAUUCGUAAAUAGUUUAUUUCCUCACAUGCAGAGAGAAGAAAUAGAAAUAUUGCAGUCAGUCUUAAAAACUUCCUUUCUGUUAGAUUGUUGAAAGAGGGAUGAGUGUGCAGUUUCAUUUAGCAUCAGUAUUAAAUUUUUUUUUUAAAAUUUGGAAUGUUCCAGUAAUGCACAGUUUAGUGUAACGUACUUCGUAUUUGUUGCUGGCUGGUGUCCAUGAACUUAUAUGAAACAAAUGGAUAACAGUGAUUACUGGCUUAAUCUCAUAUUUGGACAGUGGUACUUCACAGCACAUCUUGCGGUGCCAAUUUGUAUGAUGUUACUUCUUUUUAUGUCAUGUGUUGUUCUUUUGUCUAGUCAUUGACUUCUCCUGCACUCAUUAUAUGAUGCACUGUAUGCUGUGAAACACAUUGUGAUAUCAUAUAUUUCUAUUUCUUGAUAUGCAAAAUGAGCAGAAAUAAUAUAGAAAAUUUUCAGUGAGAUUUCUGUAUUCCAGCUAGUUAUUUUCAGUACAUCAUGGACAAACAUUUAAGCCAUAUGCAGGCUGACUGUCUUGAGAAUAUGUGGGUGGCGAACAUGUAAAAUAAUAGCCUCAUAAGUGGUGAAUGUACAACUUCCUGAAUGAUCUACAUCCCAGAAAAAAUUGAAGAUAUACAAUGUGUAAAAUAUUUACUGUAGUAAUUUCGUUAAGAAGUGGUAUGUGAACAUUUAUGAACAUGGAGAAUAGUUUAGCUGAUAAUUAUCUUGUAAUCAGCAGCCAGAGAUUCAGUGGAGAAUUCUGUGAUGAAAUUUCCUCUUUGUUGUUGUGAUGGAAGUUACAUAACAUUAUGCAUAUAAAUGCUAUCCUUUUCUGAUCUCUGCCUGCUGUGUGCUCUUUGAUUUUUUGUGUGGACAUUUGUACGUGUAUCAUGUAUUGAUGUCUGACAUCUCAACAAAAUGUACAGUAAGAUAACUGUUGUAAAUUUGUAUUAACUAAUACACUGCCAUUGAUGACUGCUUUUCGUUUUCUAUUCAAAGCUGCGAUAGAACUAACGUGUCUUGUACUUUUUUAAUUCUCACCCAUUUACUUCAGUGACCCAGUCUACUGCUGAAAAUAAACAUUCCACUUUGCUUUGCUGUUGCAAUAUUUAUUGAAUAACACGAACUAACUGAAGAGUGAUAGAAUUGGCUAUUAUUUUGCCCCCAUAAAAUAAAACUGAAAGCCUUUCUGUCACGGAAUCUCUCUCAGAGAAUUCUUUUUGUUAAUAGUGAACUCGAGAAAUAGGGACGACAGUGUAAUAUGUGUUUGGAGCUGAUCCAUUGUGUCACUGGUUUUGUUUUCUUUGUCUCCUCUCUGUGAGUAACACUUGUAACCGUUUUUAAGUUAACUGCUAUAGGCAAAUAUUUUUGAUAGAAACACUGAUUGGAGGUAGAAUGCCUUCAUUACAUCAGGAAUAUAAAGAACUCUUGUGGUUCUUGUCAUAUUAGGGUAUGUAGCUUUCUUUCCACUGGUUGUGAACAUUCUGGUUCAGAGUAACAGAACAGAAGAAAGCAAAAACAGAUCAACCCCAUAUUCAGUCUCCCACCAGUAACCCUAUCUUUUUAGGGUACCUUCUCUCUUAAAUAAUUGAAAUAUGGCUGUUAAAUUUAUUCCUAACACAAGUUAUUACAUAAAGCCAGUUAGAGUUGCAGUUGGUUUUUGUGUGUAUGCACAACACAAAAAAAGAAAAUGGAAAAUUUAUGACAUCAUGGUAUUUUUAAGUAAUCAGUAACUCAAUACAUGUUUUCUCCUGCUAAAACUUUCUACUACCUUACAGGUACAGCUUUCAAAACAUCUGCAACAUAUUUCGCAACACUGUAGUAAGAAAUUUGUGAAGACUUGUUCCACAAGUUCAGUUUCUCUGUUCCUUUCCUCAGUAUUUGUAUAUGAGUAACCCUGUUGAGUUCAGAAGUUCUCCCUGUCUACUACUAGCACAUAACUGAUUAGCUUCUUUGUUAUUUUAGCAUCAGUUAAAGUUUCUUCCAUUUAUGAAUGAAAGGGAACUGUCUUUUGUUUAAUGUAUUGAUGGCUGUUAGAAAAGACUUACUGAAGUCAUGAAUCUUGCAAAUGGCAUACUUAAAGAAUUAAUUAAAAUGUUGGUGAUAAGGAUUUAAGUAGUUUGGCAUUGCCAUGCCAUUGUUCGUGUAUGCCAUGGUCUGCACAAAGUAUUGUUGCAGGACAACGUGGCAAAUCUGUAAGGUAUCUCUGAAGCUUCCAUUCAAAUGAAUUUAGCUGCAGCCAGAUCUGUCAUCUACAAAGAUUUUUAUGGCAUCUGAAAUCUGAGGUAUAAUGUUUUUAUUGGUUAACAUGAAAUGUGCAACUCAUUUUCGAUCAUGCUGCCAAUAAAAAUUAUGUUGGCUUGACAUAUUUUAUUGAUACAGUUUGCACUAUAUUUUCAGUUUUUAUUUUUCCCUUGCUUACAAGCAAAUAAGCUGAACCUAUUCUCAAAUUGUGAAACACUUAAUAAAUGGAAAAACAGCCAUAGGACCAUAAUGUUCACAUUGGUUUACUUUUUAUUUUGCUGUAAACCCUGUGAUAGUCACUUCAUUUACUAACACUAUUUUCACUAUUAUAAUUAAAAACAAAUAACACACUCACUUUGCCUCAAAAAAGUUGCUAAGCCAUUUAAGAAAUUUUGGAACUUGGGUCCUCGUGAAAGAGUAGACAGACAGGUAGUUUUAUACAUUAGAAGAUAAAAGCCAAGCUGGUCAGAUUUUAGGAACUAUUGAUUCGUGGGCAGUGCAACAUUACAUGGAAAACAAGUUUUUGCUGAUUUGUGGAGUACCAUAUUUCUCUGUAAUUGAUAAGUUGAGCAGAGUGACACUGACACUGAUUUGUCUGAGGUGUUCUAAUAUCUUUGCCAUGACUGGAAAUGACGACGGGGUCUUAAUAAUUUGUAACCUGAAUCAGUUAUUUGGUUUCAUAACACCUAUUCAAAUUAAAACUAAAGAACUUCCCAACACAUUAAUUAAAUUCAUUGCUUAAAGCUGUUUGUUGCAAUUGAAUGAGAUGUAUUGUUUCAUCAGUCACUUUUGCUAGUACAAACCUGAACCAGUCACAUAGACUUACUUAAUAAGAAGCUCUUUACUGUGUAUAUGUAGCGAACUGUUAUGUUGUUGUGUUUAUUCUAAUCAGGCAGUGCCUCUCAGGACAAAACAGUGACCUGUUCUUAAUUUCUUUAUUAGAACAAAGAAAGAAAUUUUUUGAUAAAGCUUGGUCUUUAAAAAGCACUUUUGUCAACACUACAUUGCCUCAUUUUAUUGUUUCGUCCUAUGUACUGCUUCAUAAAUUUGUUAUAAUUUUUGUCAUCUUCACUGAACUGUUGAAAUGUGGAUUGUUUACAUACCUGUCUGCUGCCCAACACUUGUGUUAUAAUUAUGGUACUUCAUUCCCAGUAGUUGGUCAUUGAUUUGGAAUACAAACCAGACUUGUAAGGUUGAAGAAGAGCAGUAUGACUGCUUUUUGCUUUCAGGGAGUUGUAUAGUGAAGUUUUGGAAUUGUUUGUUGAAAGUUUCUAUGUGGUAAAGGCUGUUUCUUAACCAUAAAAACAACAGUUAACUUCUGUUGCAAUGUUCUAAGAAAAUUAUCCCUCAAGUUACCUUAUUUCCAGUGUGAAACAGUCCCCCCCCCCCCCCCCCCCCAAAUUGAAAUACACAUGAAGUUUUCACAGAGAGUAGAUGACAGAACUGCAGCUCACUUUUAUCACUGAGCUUCCAAUUGUUUUAUACUGUGGUGUUAAAUUGUGCUUCUUCAGUAUUAAUAAUUUGAAGGGUGCUGAACUGAUCUAUUGUAACUGUGGUAACUUAUAUUGUUUUUUGAAUGAUUGGGAUCAGUAAAAAUUGAUUUUUUUUUCAUGAUUUAAAUACAAUGUUUUGACAUUCAAAAUAUUUUUUCACUUUUUGGUGGUAACUGAUUUUGUGAACAUUAUUUCUUUGUUUGAGAGAAUGCAAGUUUAUAAUAUCUUUUUGUAUGGUGAAGUAUUGCACCUACGAGAAGAACAGUGUGAUAUUAGUGUUAGACUGUAUUGAAUUUAAAUGUGAUGUUUUAGUUUGCCAGGAAGAAUAAUUUAUGUAGUACUGUUAACAUAAAAAGAAAAAAAUAUAUAUAUGUAUGUUCAGUGUGCUAUAGUGUCUCACACCCAUAGCACUUCGUUGACAUGUCACAGGUUUAAUUAAAUCUGUUGUUUUACAUCUACUUUUGUUUUAUUACAUAUGCGAACUGUUAUUGUAUUUUAUUUAUCUCAGAGAAUUUGUGGAAAAAUGAUUGUGUGUAACUCCGUGUUUUAGAACUUGAUUUACUACAUUGACUGAGGAUUUCCAUUUCCAUAGCAAGCUAAUUAAUGUGUUUUAAUUUAAGUGGAAAAUACUUAUUGUAUGGCAGUUUUUCAUUUUCUCAGUAUUUAUGUAUAUGUUUUUUUCCCUUAUUUUUCAUUGCCGCAUUCAUGCUUGAAGAGUAAUCUCUUUGUAAUAAGACUGUGAUUAUUGUAUGAACCAUAUGCACAUUUUAUGAGUAGGCUGCACAUGGCCAAGUCUGUAUUAUUCUAAAUCCAGACAUUUUAUUUAUAUGAUUAAUACAUCUGUCUAAAGAUGGAUAUAAUAUUUGUAUGAACAAUAUAAAACUCUGUGAGUAAAACAGAUUAAGAGGAACAAUGAUUAUCUUGUAUCAAAUAAAGUUAUUGUUUCAGAGA